AUGUCCUGUGUCUGUGGAGCAAGUCUUACUCUGCUUGUCAAUGGUAGCAAGACUCAGACUUUCUCUCCUUCAAGGGGCAUCAGGCAAGGGGACCCUAUGUCCCCUUACUUAUUCAUUCUCUGUUUAGAGCAUUUAUCUAUUAAGAUCAAUAAGCAAGUGGAGGACAGGAAGUGGAAAGUCUUCAAGAUCAACAGAAGAGCCCCGAUUAUUUCCCAUCUCUUCUUUGCGGAUGAUCUGAUCUUAUGCGCAAAAGCUUCUGUCAAUAAUUGCAACAUCAUCAAUACUGUUCUUUCUGAUUUUUGUGCUGAUUCUGGACAAGUUAUCAACCAUGCCAAAUCAAAAAUUUUAUUCUCCCAAAACACUCCGGUGGAAGACAGAGCUAGCAUUUGUGGAUCCCUUAAUAUUCACGAAGCUGAUGAUUUUGCCAUCCCUGUCCAACAUCAUGGUACCAGCAGCGAUUGCUUGUGCUGGAGCCCCUCCUCUGAUGGCAAAUUUAAGUUGGCUGAUGCUUACCAAAUUGCCAAAAAGGGGGAUCACAAUGUGCAUAAUAACUGGAGUUGGAUUUGGAAAGUGCCUUGUUAUCCCAAGAUUCAACAUUUCAUCUGGAUUUUAAGACAUCAGAGACUGGUCACUAGGUGCUAUUUAAAACACAUUGGUGUGUCUCCUGAUGAUUCUUGCCCCCUUUGCAACCAACUCCCAGAGACCCUUGACCAUCUCUUUAGAAGUUGCAAUGCCGCCUCUUCUAUUUGGAAUCAGCUCAACCCUCCUGCUGCCUGUUUUUCUUCUGGUGAUUUCUCUUCCUGGAACAGCAAAAUCUUUGACUCAAACAAAGUGUGGACUGAUCCCAUCACUUUCAUCAUUAAUGCUGCUGCUGAGUUCUUCGCUCUCUUGCCUCAUCAGUGGUUGAUGAACCAGCUGGGGAUUCUUCGACUGAACCACACCCUGAGGGAGGGCAACCAAGUUGCUGACCAACUGGCUAAGGCAGCCACUUCUCUGGAGCAGAAUUUCUAUAUCUACAAUGCUGUUCCUAAUUUUAUUUCAAACCUUUUACUUGCGGAUUUGAUGGGAACGUACUUUCCCAGAACUGUCUUUGUUGGGAGUAAUUCCCAAACUCCUUCUGAUAGAACUACUUUUGUUGGGAGCAAUUCCCAUGCUUAUUUUGACAUGGCUUCUUUCAAUACUUCUGUUGAUGAAAGAUUAGCCCAUGAUGAUGUAACUGUUACUUAA